GCGUGUCCGGCUCAGCGCAGUGCCUCGGGCCGGCAGCAGGUCAUCGACAUGUCGGCCUUGCAGGCCCCGCAGGACGGGCAGGAUGCCGGCGAUCCCCCCGGGGACCUCCGCAGCGUCCUGGUCACGAGCGUGCUCAACCUCGAGCCGCUGGACGAAGAUCUCUUCAGAGGAAGGCAUUACUGGGUACCCACAACCCAGCGGCUGUUUGGGGGUCAGAUUGUGGGCCAGGCCCUGGUGGCUGCAGCCAAGUCCGUGAAUGAAGACGACCACGUGCACUCUCUGCACUGCUACUUUGUUAGGGCAGGGGACCCGAAGGUGCCAGUGCUGUACCAGGUGGAGCGGACGCGAACAGGGGCAAGCUUCUCUGUGCGCUCUGUGAAGGCCGUGCAACAUGGCAAGCCCAUCUUCAUCUGCCAGGCCUCCUUCCAGCAGACGCAGCCCAGCCCCGUGCAGCACCAGUUCUCCAUGCCCACUGUGCCUCCACCGGAAGAGCUGCUUGACUAUGAGGCCCUCGUUGACCAGUAUCUAAGGGACCCUAACCUCCAAGAGAAGUACCGAGUGGGGCUGAACCGAAUUGCUGCCCGGGAGGUGCCCGUUGAGAUCAAGCUGGUAAAACCACCCACCCUGAGCCAGCUGGAGAGCAUGGAGCCCAAACAGAUGUUCUGGGUGCGAGCCCGGGGCUAUAUUGGGGAGGGCGACAUCAAGAUGCACUGCUGCGUGGCUGCCUACAUCUCGGACUAUGCCUUCCUGGGCACAGCGAUGCUGCCCCACCGGUGGCAGCAUAAGGUGCACUUCAUGGUCUCCUUGGACCACUCCAUGUGGUUCCACGCCCCUUUCCGAGCUGACCACUGGAUGCUCUAUGAGUGCGAGAGCCCCUGGGCUGGUGGCUCUCGGGGGCUGGUCCAAGGGCGGCUGUGGCGUCAGGACGGGGUCCUGGCUGUGUCCUGUGCCCAGGAGGGCGUGAUCCGAGUGAACCGUCGGGUCUCAAAGAGCAAGCUGUAGCCAGAGGUACCAGCUUGGCCUAGGGCUACAGGGAUCGCCAUUCUCCCCCACUCCUGAAGCAGGAGUUACAGUUGAGGGCUGGGCCUGCUGUCCCUUGCGUCUAAUAAAGAGACUGAUACCACUGGA